GCCGCUGGCCGUUGGUUCUCGGAGCGUGAUUCUGGGCCUAGUCGGCGGCGGCGGCGCCCUGUUGUAGUUUGGAGGGGGGCGGUUGGUCGAUUCGCGGGGCGGCCAAGGAACGAGGCCGGAAUUCCCUUCACCGGCGCCGGAGAGGGGGGGAUUUGCGACGGGCCUUCUCGCCGUGCUGGCGUGCGCUCGCGCGGAGGAGGAGCAUGGCGCGGGUGGGAGGUGGCCGAGGCUGGGAUUUCUCGCGAGCAGGAGUGAAACAUUGAUGACCCUCGGAUUAUAAUUCUGGUUCUCCUUGUUCUCUGGACAUCCUAACAAUGCAACAUCUUUUGCUCAUAGCUUUUCUUUCCGCUUCUUUCUUCCUUCAUUACCCUCCUUGUGCCAAAGGAGCUGAUCUGAACUCUGACAAGCAAGCCCUUCUUGCAUUUUCUGCAUCUCUGCCUCAUGCAAGAAAGAUCAACUGGACCCUCACAACCCAGGUCUGCACAUCUUGGGUUGGGGUUACAUGCACACCAGACGGGAAGCGUGUUCGUAUGCUGCGACUACCUGCAGUGGGACUAUUUGGUCCUAUGCCCUCGAACAUACUUGGCAAGCUUGAUGCCUUAGAGGUGUUAAGCCUUCGGUCCAAUCGUCUUACUGUUAGCCUCCCCCCUGAUGUAGCAUCCAUUCCUUCUCUGCACUCUCUCUACCUUCAGCGCAACAACUUGUCGGGCAUAAUACCUACUUCACUAUCAUCAAAUCUAGCAUACCUUGACCUGUCGUACAACUCAUUUGUUGGAGAAAUCCCAUUGAAAGUGCAAAAUAUGACUGAGCUUACUGGGUUGUCUCUCCAGAACAACUCUCUUUCUGGACCCAUCCCUGAUCUUCACCUCCCCAAACUGAGAUAUUUAAACUUGAGCUACAAUAACCUCAGUGGGCCCAUUCCGGCUUCUCUGCAGAAGUUUCCAGCCAGUUCUUUCUUGGGGAAUGCUUUUCUGUGUGGGUUUCCCCUGGAAUCAUGUCCAGGAACCGCUCCUUCUCCUUCUCCUAAUGCACCACCUUCCCAGGAAAGCAAUUUGGAAAAGUUUUGGAGAAAGCAUCACAAAAUUAUCAUAAUUGCAAUACUUGCUGGAGGAGCGGCAAUAUUGUUGAUUUUGAUUAUCAUACUCGUGACAUGCAUCUGCAAGAGGAAGGGAGGCGGAGAGCCUGGCGCAGCUUCAUCAUCAUCCAAAGGAAAGGGUGUUGCAGGUGGAAGAGCAGAAAAAUCCAAGCCAGAAUACAGCAGUGGUGUCCAAGAAGCAGAGAGGAACAAACUAGUUUUCUUUGAGGGCUGUUCAUAUAAUUUCGACCUGGAGGAUCUGUUGAGGGCUUCAGCUGAAGUCCUGGGAAAAGGAAGUUACGGUACGACCUACAAAGCUGUUCUUGAGGAUGGCACGACGGUGGUGGUCAAGAGGCUAAAGGAGGUGGUGGCGGGAAAGAAGGAAUUCGAACAGCAAAUGGAGAUAAUUGACAGGCUUGGUCAGCACCAGGGUGUUGUUCCCUUGCGUGCCUUCUAUUACUCCAAGGAUGAGAAGCUCUUGGUUUAUGACUAUGUUCCACCGGGUAGCCUUUCAGCUGCUUUGCAUGGGAACAAAUCUGCUGGAAGAGCAGCACUGGACUGGGAGACGAGAGUGAAGAUAUCGGUCGGCGCGGCACGGGCGAUCGCCCACCUCCACACCGGAGCAGGCGGCAAGUUCAUCCACGGCAACAUCAAGUCGAACAACGUGCUCCUCUCGCGGGGGCUCAGCGCGUGCGUCUCCGACUUCGGCCUCGCGCAGCUCAUGGCGCCCCCCCACGUCCACCCGCGGCUCGUCGGGUACCGCGCGCCGGAGGUCCUCGAGAACAGGAAGCCGACGCAAAAGUCGGAUGUGUACAGCUUCGGCGUGCUGCUCCUGGAGAUGCUGACGGGGAAGGCCCCCCUCCGGUCCCCCGGUCGCGACGACUCCAUCGAGCACCUCCCGAGGUGGGUGCAGUCGGUGGUGCGCGAGGAGUGGACCUCGGAGGUGUUCGACGUCGACCUGCAGAGGCACCCCAACACCGAGAACGAGAUGGUGCAGCUGCUCCAGGUCGGCAUGGCGUGCGUCGCCGUUCAUCCGGACCAGCGGCCGAGGAUGGAGGAGGUGGUCGCGAGGAUCGAGGAGGUCCGGAGCUCCGGCUCCGGGACGACGACGAGGACCUCCCCCGAGGACAAGCCCAGGGAGGAGCACAUCCGGAUCACCUGACCUGACUCCUGAGGCGGCAAAAAGUUGGUCUGAUGCAGAUAAGUAACGACGUGCCAAGCUCUCGAUCGUUGUAGGUGGUAGUGCCGUUGAGCUCCUUAAUUACUUGCGCACAACGACUAUGAUACUAUUCAAUUCGAUUGCCCGCGUGUUAGUGAUUAAUCCAGUUUGCAUGCUACAUUGCUGCUAGGUAGCAAGUCGUCCUUGUUGAACGAUAUGUGUGCCGUGUGCGUGCAUGUAUAUCUUUGAUUGAUUCCGUUGUAACCUUCUCCCCCUAUUUUUCAGGCACGUAGACUAAGGGCAUAUACAAUGAGGUCUUGAUUCCGUUGUAA